AUGCCUAUUAGCCUAGGACGGCUCUACCGCUACCGCUACUCCUACCCGCGCCCCCGCGACCGCGCCUACCGCCGCCGCCUCUACCUCUACUACGCUAGCCGCCCUCACGUCGCCCUUCUAGGUAACGACGCUAUCCCCGCCGCCGGCUAUAACGCCCGGCCCCUCUACCCCCGCCUCCGCUACUACUACCCCCUUGCCGCCGCCGCCGCCUACUAUAAUCUCCGCGCCCUCGAGCGCUAG